ACGCACUUUCAUGCUCCCGUUUUAGCUGUUAGCACUUUGGUCGAACUGUGACAGGUUGGUGCUGUUAGAGGAUUUAUUUUAGUCUCCCUUUUUAAAAUAAAGUUUUUGUUUAGCAAAAAGAGGAACCUAAUAGAGGGCAAAAGUGAUCUACCCCCAGAGGGACCGACUGUCAACUUUAAAGGAACGCAGAAACGCGAGUGAAUGGCCGAGGGCUCAGACCCAUCAGACAUCAAUUUACAUGGAGCUUCAAAUCCUAAACAGCACCAGCAAAAAUCCAGGAGAGCACGGCCAAGACAUCACCAUUAUAGAAGCCUAAAUCAGAAUGACUAUGAGCCCUCAAUGCUACAUGAGCACUCUUAUCAAGGCUUCAGUCAGCCCUUUAGACAAAACAGUAGUUCUAAUUAUGGAGAACAACACUAUUCGUCUUUUCCAGGAGAAGAUGGAAGCAGACAUGGAGGCAGAUGGCGAGGUAGGAGAGAUGGGAAUUGGCAAAGACCUUUGAGUGAUUAUGGCUCAUAUCGUGCCUACAAACCUGCUGGAUCUGAAGCUUCUAACUGGAGAGGAGAAGAUGUGGAGAGGGGUCAUAAUGAAAACAGCAAUGGCCACACAAAACUUCCAAGAAAAUACAAUAAAGAACAGAGGAGAGGAGAACUCCACGAUAAAGAAGCUCACUUAAAUGCCACUACAACAGAGUACACUUCCAGAGAUGACCCUUUACCAAGCAAAGGAAGUUCACAGAGGGGUAAAGCUGAACCCCUCCACCCUAAUCACCAACAAUCAAAACCUGCAGAGACAAAACGCAGACAGGGACCAAUCAAACCGCCCAAAGCAGCGACUCAUGAAGAAGCAGACUCACAAAAAGGGACCACUGGUCACGAUGAUACUGAACCAAGCAGACCACCACAAAAGCCCUCAUACAAAGGAGGAAGAGAUCUGGAGCGACAGUCUGCUCCUCAGGGUCGAGGGCAGAGAAGACCCCAUCACCAGAACCACAGGCCAGGGCAGAGGAGCAGAGACAAAGUGCCGGAGAGCAAAGAGACGCAAACGGGGUGUUUGAUUGAACAGCUGUCUGAGGAGAAGUAUGAGUGCAUGGUGUGCUGUGACAUCAUCCGGCUCAUGGCUCCAGUGUGGAGUUGCCAGAGCUGCUAUCACGUCUUCCAUUUGAACUGUAUCAAGAAAUGGGCACGGUCUCCAGCUUCUCAGGCCGAUGAUUCAGUUGAAGGUUGGCGCUGUCCUGCCUGCCAGAAUGUGACACUCAAACAUCCCUCUGUGUACACCUGCUUCUGUGGUAAAGUGACAAAUCCAGAGUGGCAGCGCAGUGAGAUUCCCCACAGCUGUGGUGACAUGUGUGGGAAGAAAAGGAGUGGAGAAGACUGCAGGCACCCCUGUAACAUCCUGUGUCAUCCUGGACCAUGCCCGCAGUGUCCUGCUUUUGUAACAAAAUCCUGCAUCUGUGGAAAGACCAGUCACCCUGUGCGCUGUGGCCAGGCUUCUGUGCUGCACUGUGACAGUGUGUGUGGCUCACUGCUCAACUGUGGAAAACACAACUGUGCCCAAGUCUGUCACACCGGGGCAUGUGAGCCCUGCCAAAUACAAGUGGACCAAGUUUGCUACUGUGGUGUUGGCACUCGCAAAGUCUUGUGUGGCACAGACAAAGAUGGCUUUGAUGGAACAGGGCAUUUCUCCUGUCAAAAUGUAUGCUCAAAGAUGUUGGAUUGCAAAGUCCAUCGCUGCCAGCAGGUGUGCCAUCGGGGCCAGUGCCAGUCCUGCCCUCUUUCUCCCAGCCAGGUCAAGUCAUGUCCCUGUGGUCAGACACCACUGAACAAGCUCUUAGAGUUUGGCUACUCUGAACGGAGGAGCUGCACUGAUCCAAUCCCCUCCUGUGGAAAAACAUGUAACAAGCCUCUUGCCUGUGGUUCCAAUGAUACGAUCCAUUUGUGUGAAAAGUUAUGUCAUGAAGGAAGCUGUGGACCUUGCUCUUUGACUUCCUCUGUUAGAUGCAGAUGUGGUGCCAAAUUUAAGGAGGUUCCAUGUGCAACAAUCUUCAAAGAAGACCAGCUUGUGUUCACCUGUGAGAAGCGCUGCACCAAGAAACGCUCCUGUGGUCGACAUAAGUGUGGUGAACUUUGCUGUGUGGCUGUGGAGCACAAGUGCCCCUUGAUUUGUCGCUACAAGCUGAACUGUGGCCUCCAUCGUUGCCAGGAGCCCUGUCACCGUGGAAACUGUGAACCCUGUUGGCAAUCCAGUUUUGAUGAGCUGACCUGCCACUGUGGGCUCUCUGUCCUGUAUCCCCCAAUUCCUUGUGGUACAAAGCCUCCAGAAUGUAAGAACACCUGUACCCGGAGACAUGACUGUGACCAUCCCGUAUUUCACAAUUGCCACAGUGAAGAUAAGUGUCCACCUUGUACUUACCUCACUCAGAAGUGGUGUAUGGGAAAUCAUGAGCAACGCAGCAAUAUCCCAUGCCACCUCCAGGACAUAUCCUGUGGCCUUACGUGUAACAAAGAGCUGCCCUGUGAAAUGCACCAGUGUCGACGUAUUUGCCAUCGUGGCGAGUGCUUGGCUGAGGGCAUGUGCCAGCAACCCUGUGUGCGCCCGCGCUCCGACUGUGGCCACCCAUGUGCUGCUCCCUGCCAUAAAGGCAGCAGCUGCCCGCACACCACCUGCACUGCCAAGGUGUCUCUGCAGUGUGACUGUGGUCGAAGAAAAGAAACUGUUAUGUGUGCAGAGGCAGCCAGUUCAUAUCAGAGAUAUGCAGCCAUCGCUGUGGCCAGUAAGCUCUCUGACAUGCAGCUUGGGGACUCUAUGGACUUAGGGCCAUUACUCACUAAAAAGGAGAUGAAGCAAACAAAGCUUGAAUGUGAUGAAGAAUGUGCUACACUGGAGAGAAACCGGCGCUUGGCAGAAGCUUUACAGAUAGACCCCUCUUCAGACCCAUUUAAUGUGCGCUCCACCUCUGUGUACAGUGACAGCCUCAAGGAGGAUGCCAGGAAAGAUCUAAACUUUGUUACAAAAGUUGAAGAUGAAAUUAAGAACUUGAUUGAGAUCACUAAUAAGGGAAAACAAGCAAAAAGAACCUACACCUUUCAGCCAAUGAACAGAGACCACCGUCGGAUCAUCCAUGAACUGGCAGAGGUGUACAAGCUGGAAAGCAUCAGCUACGACAGUGAGCCUAAGCGUAGCGUCAGUGUCACUGCUCAAAAGGGGGUGGCUGUGUGUCCAAACUCAUCCUUAUCAUUAAUCAUCAAAAGAGAGACUGCAGCCAGAGCUCCUCCUCCAAUAGCUCACAUCAAACAGCACAGCAGCAAGCCAGUUGGCGGAGUUGCCUUUUCAAAGAUGGUUAGAGAAGAACCUGUAAUUGAUUAUUUUGAUGUCCAAGACUGAUGAAGAUGACCUUUUGGAAAACCUUUAAUAAAUGUUAAAGUAAUAAUGAGAUCUUUCACAAACAUUGACAAAUGUAGAUGCUGCUGUGUGAUCUAAUAAAUUCAUAGUUUAUUUCUACACAUU